GCCUUCCCCGCCGCCGCCGCCUGCGACAGGACCUGAGCCUAGAGGACGCUGCGCGAGCCAUGGCUGCGGCCCCCGCGGGGGCGGAGACCCGGCAGAAGCUGCUGCGCACCGUGAAGAAGGAGGUGAAGCAGAUCAUGGAAGAGGCCGUCACGCGCAAGUUUGUCCACGAAGACAGCAGCCACAUCAUCUCCUUCUGCGCCGCGGUGGAGGCCUGCAUCCUGCACGGGCUGCGGCGGCGGGCAGCUGGCUUCCUGCGCAGCAACAAGAUCGCGGCUCUCUUCAUGAAGGUGGGCAAGAGCUUUCCGCCGGCCGAGGAGCUGAGCCGCAAAGUCCAGGACCUGGAGCAGCUGAUCGAGAGCACGCGAAACCAGAUCCAGGGCCUCCAGGAAAAUGUUCGGAAGCUGCCUAAGCUGCCCAACCUGUCCCCACUCGCCAUCAAGCACCUGUGGAUCCGCACCGCCUUGUUUGAGAAGGUCCUGGACAAGAUUGUGCAUUACCUCGUGGAAAACAGCAGUAAAUACUAUGAGAAGGAAGCUCUCCUGGUGGACCCUGUGGACGGUCCCAUCCUUGCAUCCUUGUUGGUGGGGCCCUGUGCCCUGGAGUACACCAAGAUGAAGACCGCGGACCACUUCUGGACCGACCCCUCCGCCGACGAGCUGGUGCAGAGGCACCGCAUCCAUAGCUCACACCUGCGGCAGGACUCGCCCAGCAAGCGGCCAGCCCUCUGUAUCCAGAAGAGGCAUUCGAGUGGAAGCAUGGACGACCGGCCGUCCCUGUCUGCCCGUGACUAUGUGGAGUCCCUGCACCAGAACUCCAGAGCCACCCUGCUCUACGGCAAGAACAACGUUCUGGUUCAGCCGAGGGAUGACAUGGAGGCUGUACCUGGGUACCUGUCCCUGCACCAGACAGCUGACAUUAUGACCUUGAAGUGGACACCCAACCAACUGAUGAACGGGUCCAUGGGGGACCUGGACUAUGAGAAGAGUGUCUACUGGGACUACGCCAUGACCAUACGCUUGGAGGAGAUUGUCUAUCUGCACUGUCACCAGCAAGUGGACAGCGGCGGGACAGUGGUGCUGGUCAGCCAGGAUGGGAUCCAGAGGCCGCCCUUCCGCUUCCCCAAGGGUGGGCACCUCCUGCAGUUCCUCUCGUGCCUGGAGAAUGGGCUGCUUCCCCACGGGCAGCUGGACCCGCCUCUCUGGUCCCAGAGGGGAAAGGGCAAAGUGUUUCCCAAGCUGCGCAAGAGAAGCCCUCAGGGUUCCUCAGAGUCCACGUCUUCAGACAAGGAGGAUGAGGAGGCCACAGAUUAUGUGUUCCGGAUCAUCUACCCCGGCUCGCAGUCUGAAUUUGUCCCCCAGGAUCUGAUGGAUGUCUCCGUGAACAACCUCCCAUCCCUAUGGCAACCCAGCCCCCGGAAAUCCUCCUGCUCGUCCUGUUCACAGAGUGGCUCAGCUGGUGGCAGCUCAACCAAUGGCUGCAACCAUGAGAGGGCUCCUCUGAAGCUGCUCUGUGACAACAUGAAGUACCAGAUCCUCUCCAGAGCCUUUUAUGGAUGGCUCGCCUACUGCAGACACCUGUCCACCGUGAGGACCCACCUGUCAGCCCUGGUCAAUCACAUGAUCGUGUCUCCGGACUUGCCCUGUGAUGCUGGCCAGGGGCUGACAGCCAGGAUCUGGGAGCAGUACCUUCAGGACAGCACGAGUUACGAGGAGCAGGAGCURCUGCGGCUCAUCUACUACGGAGGCAUCCAGCCCGAGAUCCGCAAGGCUGUGUGGCCCUUCCUCCUGGGCCACUAUCAGUUCGGGAUGACAGAAACGGACAGGAAGGAGGUGGAUGAGCAGAUCCAUGCCUGCUACGCACAGACCAUGUCAGAGUGGCUGGGAUGCGAGGCCAUCGUGCGGCAAAGGGAGCGGGAGUCCCAUGCAGCCGCCCUGGCCAAAUGCUCUUCGGGGGCCAGCCUGGACAGCCACCUGCACCGGAUGAUGCACAGGGACUCCACCAUCAGCAAUGAGUCUUCCCAGAGCUGCAGUUCCGGCCGCCAGAACCUCCGCCUACAGAGCGACUCCAGCAGCAGCACACAGGUGUUUGAGUCCGUCGAUGAGGCAGAGCAGGUGGAAGGAGAAGGCCGACUGGAGGAGAAACAGCCCAAGGUCCCCAACGGGAACCUAGAAAACGGCCCGUGCUCCCCAGACUCUGGCCAUCCAUCUUCCCACAACUUCUCCUCCGGCCUCUCAGAGCACUCGGAGCCCAGCCUCAGCACCGAAGACAGCGUCCUGGACGCCCAGCGGAGCGCGCCCCCGGCCCUUCCACCUGGGGACAACAGCGUGGACGACGGGCAGAGCAGUGAGGCCACCACCUCAAGGGACGAGGCCCCUCGCGAGGAGCUGGCAGUGCAGGACCGACUGGAGAGCGACAGCCUGGCCAACGGGAGCCUAGACGAGUUCAUGUCCAUCGCUGGCAGCAUGGACGUGGCCCUGCCCGAGAAGGACGGUGUGACAGGGGAGGGCUGGCGGGGCUGCGAGGCCGAGAAGCGCAGCCAGGCGGACAGUGAGGACAACCUCUCGGAGGAGCCCGAGAUGGAGAGCCUCUUCCCCGCCCUGGCUUCCCUGGUGGUGACCACUUCGGCCAACAAUGAGGCGUCCCCGGUGUCGUCCAGCGGCGUCACCUACUCACCGGAGCUGCUGGACCUGUACACCGUGAAUCUGCACCGCAUCGAGAAGGACGUGCAGAGGUGUGACCGCAACUACUGGUACUUCACACCCGCCAACUUGGAGAAGCUGCGCAACAUCAUGUGCAGCUACAUCUGGCAGCACAUUGAGAUCGGCUAUGUCCAAGGCAUGUGUGACCUUCUGGCUCCGCUGCUGGUCAUCCUGGAUGAUGAGGCCCUGGCUUUCAGCUGCUUCACAGAGCUCAUGAAGAGGAUGAACCAGAACUUUCCCCACGGAGGCGCCAUGGACACGCACUUUGCCAACAUGAGGUCGCUGAUCCAGAUCCUGGAUUCGGAGCUUUUUGAGCUGAUGCAUCAGAACGGGGACUACACCCAUUUCUACUUCUGUUACCGCUGGUUCCUGCUGGACUUCAAACGAGAACUCGUCUACGAUGACGUCUUCGCCGUCUGGGAGACCAUCUGGGCAGCCAAGCACGUCUCCUCCGCCCACUACGUCCUGUUCAUCGCGCUGGCUCUGGUGGAAGUCUACCGCGACAUCAUCCUGGAGAACAACAUGGACUUCACGGACAUCAUCAAGUUCUUCAAUGAAAUGGCUGAGCGACACAACACCCGGCAGGUGCUGCAGCUGGCCCGGGACCUCGUGUACAAGGUGCAGACCCUGAUUGAGAACAAGUAGGGGGGCGCCACCCGCACCCGUCUCCCGCCCUCCUUUCCUCCCCCGAGCCCGGCCUGGGCGCCCGCCCUGGAGUCUGCUCAUGAACGUGGCUCCUGUGCCCAGAGAAAGGGCCCUGCUUUGGCCGUGGGCAGGUGGGUCCAGGUCAGUCCAGCCUUACGUUUUCCUGUUUGACCAAAGAUUGACCAAGCCCAAGGCCUCCGACGCGGGUCUGGCUGCAGAUGGACGGAGGAGGCCUCUUCCCUCUGCCCUGUCUGUCCCCCAACCCUUCCUCAUCUGUCCAGAAGAGGUCUGGAGAGGUCUCUGGGGCUCCCACUGUGCCCUCAAAGCGGCCUUUGGAGACAUCCAAGAACAUGCUGGAAGGCUGGUCUAGGGGGGCCCCUCCCGCAGCGCUGUCUUGGAGGUCCGCGGGUUCCUGGUGGCGGGCUGCCCCACACAUCUAGGAUGCUGAGCGGCCUCCUCRGCUUCCACCCAGAUGCCAGGAGCUCUGUCCCCACCUCAUGCUUGUUGUGAUAAUCCCAAAUGUCCAGAACAUCCCUGGAUGUCCCCUGCAGGGCAGAAUUGUCCCCAUUUGAGAUGUCUCCGCUGCCUCCCUGUUUUGCCAAGCCAUCCUCUGUCCUGAGGCCUCCCUCAAGAAAAAGGGCGCACGGGGUCCUCCCCAGGCUCCCCUGGACUCUGGGGCUGCUCUGCUGCAUUAGCUUGUUUUCCCUCCUCGACAUGACGCCAGGAGACACUUCUUUUCUUCUUUUCAAGAAAAGCAUCUUCCUGCAAGUAGCUGGAGUCUGAGGACUUCUGUGGGCGCCAGGUCCAGGCUCUGCAGGGCCCUGUGCACCUCAAGGCCGGGCUCGGCCCCCUCCCAGUGCCUCUUCCUGGGGGAGACCUCACUGGGCCUGGUGCGCAGAGGCCUGCAGGGAGAGCCUCKUUCAGGGGGCCGACCUUUCCCUAAGCGCUUUGUUCACUCAGGACAAAGGAGGGAAAUGAGAGGGAUUGGCCAGGGCAGAGCUGGCUYCUGCUGUCCUUGGGGAGCACCUGGGCCAUGGCUGGGUCCAGGAAGAGUCCUCUGAGCACCUGCCCAUCAGGGGCACAGUCUACAGACGACGAGCUUCAGCACCUGCCCCUGCCCUCGGGCAGAGCACCUGGCCAGCUCUCCCAUCAAAGAACAGACCUGGACAGGCCAGAGAGCAGGAGGCUGGGCGGAAGCUCCUCCCGCUAGACCUGCUGCCUCUAGGGUCACCAAGGGCCAGCUGCAGCUUGGGAUGGGAGGAAGUGGGGAAGCGGAUUUAAGAUCUGAGAGGCUGCAACCAGGCGGGKAGAGUCUCUCCUGCCUCCCUUCCUCCUGCUGCAUCUGUCCUCCGCCCUCCCCCGAGGGGACAGGAUGGACAGAGGCCUGGCUGCUGCCUGAGGAGAGUCCCAUGGAAGUCACCUUCGCCCCACCCUGCUAGGGGARGGGACAUUCUGGUCCCCAGCUUCCCAAGACAGAGGGGCCUGUGGGACAGAAGUGUUCUCUGCCACUCAGCAGUUCUCUAGGGGGAUGGUACUGAGCACAGCCCAGGCCCCAGGCCUCCCGAGUCCUAUUUAUUUUUGUAUCAGAAAGUCUCAAAGUACAGCACAAGAUCUCUCCUCUGCCUCCCCUGUGGCGUGCCGAGUGUCUGUGGUUGUGGUUUGGAGUGACUUUAUAUUUACACAGUUUACCUGCUCUCAUUCAGACUUCGUUGGCUGUGUGUGUCUGUGUCCGUGUGUCCUGGAGCUGAACGUGAGAGACUCUGUCUGCGAGCUGCCCUCUUUCCCUUUCCCCAG